AGACUGAGAGUAGAAGUUAAGAACGGAAUUUCUUUUUGGGUUUUUAAACAUCACGGGUGUGUUGCUUUCAUGGCAUAAGAAAGCUGGAAACCAACCGAGGAGGGAAAGGGGAGAACCUAAGAUGGAAACGAAUAGUGGCAAUUAUUGUUUGGAGGCCGUUGCAGCUCUGGUGAAUUCCAACAGAGAUCGCUGCUCCUCCCACAAUCUCUGAUUCUUUUUGCGUGUGCAAGUUAUUAAAUUGGCACACGGCUUUGGCUUUUGGAGGCAGGCGUAUACGGUUUACUGGUGCGGCGGGGCCGCCGCUUUUUGGGUCCUCUCUCCGGCCCUCCCAUUGGAGUGGGCAAAGCUUGGCGGCACCAUUUAAAGAGGCAAACUGCACACCGAGCGCACCGUCACACACGAACGCACACCUAGUGAUCAUACUGGAGCAUGGCUUCUCCGGUUGUCUCCCUGCUGCGGAGCGAGAGCAGAUAGAUCGGAUUUGUGCUGAAAACAUUUUCUUGGGAUCUUCGAAAACUUAUAAGAUUCUGCUUUUAGCACUCCAUAUUUGGAUGGAUUGUUGGAGCACUAGGCACCAAUCUCUCCAGGUUGUGCAAAAAUGCAGUGUAACCUGUAGUUAGUGAUACGGACCUCUCAUCUGAUACCGGAAUUAUUGGAAUUGUUGCGGAGCUUGGAGUGCGUCCUCCGAGGCUGGAAGUACCAAAAUCUGUCCUCGAGAGUUUGGCGUGCAUUUAGAUGGCAGACGAUCCUAAUAUGAAUUUUGGGGCAUUUUCCCAGUCGCUCUGCAACCAGCAAGUGGUUUCAUUUCAGACAAGCGCGACAUCUAGCGGAUCAGGAGGCAUAGCAAUGUACAUGGAUUGUUCCACUGGGAUGGACGCCAGCGUGGGGAUGUUGAGCGCCACACCUUCAGUGGUUGUGUCCACUAGUUCGACCAAUAUGCCUGUUGAUUCUGGGCAGAACCUCAAAUAUGGAGGACCUCUGGCUGCGGAUUGGACACACCUUGAGCUUCAAGUGCUGAGAGAUGGCAUGGAGAAAUAUGUAAAUGAACAAGGCAUCAUGAAGUAUAUAAAGAUAGCAGCUUCAUUACCAAACAAGACAGUAAGAGAUGUUGCAAUGAGGUGCCAGUGGAUAGGGAAGAAAGUAAAUACAAGACGAAGGAAGCCUGAAGAACACCAUAUUGGCAGAAAGAUAAAAGAAAGAAAGGAUAAAUUUGUAAAGCCUGCACAUUGGGGAGCAAAUCAUCCAGUUCAGACAGACAUAAGAGUCUCUUCAUUUAUGUCGCAUAAUGUUCAAAACAAUUUGUUUCUAUCUGGAGCCUCUGAGAUAGAUCGCGCAAUGCAGCAUCUACUGGAAGAAAAUAACUGGCUUCUUAAUCAAAUAGAAACAAAUAUUCUAACAUUUCAGGAGGAAAUGCAGGGAUCAUUGGAAAAGCAUGGUGCACGUCAAUUUUUUAGUGCUCAGAACAACAUUGAUCUCUUCCAUCGGACAAGAAGGAACAUUAAUGAUCUUUUACAAGGCAUGAGCCAAAUGCCUGGAAUAAUGAGCAAGAUGCCUCCGCUGCGCAUCUCAGUGAAUGAGAAUCUUGCUAGCUUAGUGCUACCUGGUCUUACAAUGGAACAAGUUCUUGGAAGCAGCCAUUUGAAGGAGCCAAGAGGAUGGUAGGUCACUGCCAACAGGUUUCAGUUAAGGCGGACUUUCGAACUUCAUCAGUAGAUCGAUAGACUAUAUGGAGAAUUACUGCUUCAUUUUGCACACCAAAUGGCGAUGAAUCACCACCAAGGAUCCUGCUUUGUCUAUCUGAAAGCAAAUGGAGACGUGACUGAAACCACUCUGCUGCCCGGCCUCCAAAAGACAGGUGCUGAAGGCUCCUGAUCUGCAACAAGCCUAAACAUUGGUGGCCGAGCACCGAGGGUUUCAGGAAACUGCAGUUUUUCUUUUCUUGCUGCACCUGUAAAUAUCGAUUCUUUUGGAUUUCUCCUUCAGACAGUAGGGUAAAUAGAUGUAGCAGAGGAAGUUCACAAGAACUAGCUAAAUAUUUCCCUAAAAAAAGUAGCUACUGUAUGUUACUGUAAUUCAAGUGCCUAGAUUCUAAUUUUC